AUGGCCCCAUCAGAAGGCCCCGUUAAAGAGCUUGAUGAAAAAUGUGUGGAAAUGAUUGUAAAAUACGUGUCCGAGAUAAGAAGUGGAAAGUUAGAUGGGUCCAUUAAAAUUGCUACAGCAACUGUAUCACUACUGGAGCAGAUCAUUAGUGAUUCUCAAAAUCCUACUGCAUAUGAACUGUGCAGCACUGUGAGAGCGGUGGGGCGUCAAAUCGUUUGCGCUUUACCCCAGGAGCUGGUGGCCGCCAACAUAGUGCGUCGAGUUCUGCGUGCGAUCCGAGACGAGCAAAGGGCACAUGCUAACCAGAGCAGUGAAGGUGCCGGGGAGUCCCUUCAACGGCUGGUACUCGCAGCUCCUCAUCGUCGGGCUACCAUUGGUGCAGCCAAGGAUCUGAGAGAACCCAUCCGGGACUUUAUCUCUGAGCUGAGCGCGGAGCUGGACUCCAGUACUUCGGCGAUAUGCUCGCAGGCCUGCGAGCACGUGCACGCAGACGAGCUGAUCCUGACGUAUGGAGCCAGCAGCCUCGCGGAGAAGUUCCUCAGAGCCGCUGCCAGCAGGCGGUACCGGUUGAUUCUCGCCGAGAGUUGUGAUGUUAAAGAGAGCCAUGCAAUGGCGGCCCGCCUUAGUACUGCUGGGAUCAACGUGACCGUGGUCAGCAGUGCCGCAGUCGGAGUACUCAUGUCUAGGGUCAAUAAGGUGGUGGUAGGCGUGGUGGCGGCGCUGGCGGGCGGCGCGGUGCUGUCGCGCGCCGGCCUGCACGCCGUCACCGUCGCCGCGCACCACUACAGCGUGCCCGUGAUAGCGCUGGCGCCGUUGUACAAGCUGUCUCCGCUGCACGCGUGCGAGCAGCAUCACUUCAACGCACUCGCCGCACCGCACACCGCCAUGCCUUACCGGAGCAAAGAAAGUGCCGUGGCCCACGUCGUGGCCCCUCGAUACGAUUUCGUACCUCCGAACCACAUCACCCUCUUCAUCACCAAUCUUGGAGGGAGCUCACCGUCCUACAUCUACCGGCUGCUCUCGGAACUGUACGAUCCCAACGACUACCAGAUAUAG